AUGCCGCCCAAGGAUCGCGAGCCCAGUUCGACGCCGGUGCCCACGACGGAGCCAAAGAACGAUGGCUCUCAACUCCCCAAGGCGGAAUGGGACGCGAUGUCGAAGGUGCUCAAUGCCAUCUACGACCACCGCACCGAAGAUGGCUUCGACCCGUCCAAGCUGUUCCACCGCAAAGUCAACAAGCGCGUCAUUCCGGAGUACUACGAUACGAUCAAGGAGCCCAUGGCGUUGUCCACCCUCAAGCAAAAGAUCCACCAGAAAACAUACAACUCGUUCAAGGAGUUUGUACGCGACUUUGCACUGAUCCCCUACAAUGCGCAAGUCUUCAAUGUGCCGGAGAGUGGUGCAUUCCAGGACGCGCUUGUCAUCAAGGAGCAGAUCGAGAAACAGCUGCAGCUGCUGGUCAAGGACGGCAUCAUCACGCAGGAAGUCGCAACGCUGCCAGAUUUGGGAGAGAUCCCCACAUAUACGCCCGCGCCGAUUGAGGAGGCUGCAGAAGGUGAGGCGGAGGACGACGAAGAGUCAGAUGAAGAGGGCGAGGGCGAGGAUGAAGAAGACGGAGAUGAGGAUGACGACGGCAGGAAGAAGAAACGACGCGGCGCACGGAGUGGCGCAUCGAUAGCCAAGCGAGAUGCUGCAGCUGCGGACGAUGAUGAAGAUGGUGGAAAGCGCGCAAGAGGUCGACCACCGAAGCUGUUGACACCGAUGGAGGCUCGCAUGCAGACAAUACUGAAGGGCAUCAGGAAACCCAAGAAUAACCGCGGCCAGCUCAUGAUCAAGCACUUUGAUCGACUGCCGGACAAAGUUACACUGCCCGACUACUACGUGGAGAUCAAGAAUCCGAUAGCGUACGAGCAGCUGAAGCGCAAAGUGAAGAGGAAGAAGUACAAGACGUUGGAAGAGUUCAUGGCCGACGUCAACCUCAUGUUCAACAAUGCGAAACAAUACAACAAAGACGACUCGCCCAUCUACAAAGAGGCUGCUGCAUUGCAGGUCGAGGCGGGCAAGUUAUACGACACAGAAAUCAAGAAGCCGGAUGAGUCGUUCGCAGAUGAGGAAGGCAAGAUACUACUACCCAACGGCAUACUCCACAACGGCGAGCUGUACAAGGUGGGCGACUGGAUACACAUUCAGAACAUUAACGACUUGACCAAGCCGGUGCCAGCGCAAAUCUAUCGAACGUACAAGGACAAGGAUGGCUCUAGUCAGGUCAAUGUGUGCUGGUACUACCGCCCUGAGCAGACUGUACAUCGACACGACAAGCACUUCUUUCCGAACGAAGUUGUCAAGACCGGGCGGUAUAGGGAUCACCCGAUCGAGGCAGUCGAGGGCAAAUGCUUCAUCAUGUUCUACACGCGCUACUUCAAGGGUCGCCCACGGAGCUUGCCGGAAGGAACCGAGAUUUAUGUCUGUCAGUCGCGAUACAACGAGUCCGCUCACCAGUUCAACACCAUCAAGACGUGGGCGAGCUGCCUUCCGGACGAAGUUCGAGACCGCGACUACGAGAUGGACUUGUUCGACCACCCUCGCAAGAUGAAGAAGUUCCCGUCGCCAAUUGCCUAUUUACUGAAAGAUGAACAGACAGAGACCGACGAGUUGCCCAAAGUGCAGUGGGGCACGGACGGUGCACCGCCAAAAAUUGGCGCAGUUCACAAGCGACCACGGAACGAGAAAGACUCUCCGCCACCAGAGCCAACACCUCCUCCGCCACCAAAAAUGCCAACACCACCUCCACGCCAGCAAGCGCCAACACCACAGACUUACACGCCCGCUCUCGCACAGCAGCAACAGACUCGGCCACAGCCGACGACCGCCACCCCAUCAUUUCCCAAUUUCACACAUCCGCGCCCGCACUUAUAUCAACAGUUUUCAGGCGCUAGCGCAGCACCUUCACCUGCGCCGGCAGCAGGUGCGGCAGCUGCCGCUCUGAACCGGACAACAUCCUUACAGUCACUCUACCAACAGCCAUCGACACCACAGCAGAAUCAAGCAGUAGCGCCACAGCGAACAAUGCCGCCCACUCAGACAAGCUAUGGUCAGGCGUCCACACCUGCUGCGCCACCGAAUCCUGCUGCAUUUCCACCUCGACCACCAACCGCAAACUAUCGGGACCCUCCGCCCAUCGAGGUGUACACCCUGCCAGACGCUGCCAACCUCUCGAUACCCAAUGAGAUUCGAGAACAGUACCAGCGAGAUGAGUUUGGCCGUGUCUUGUUCUUCACGACUCCACCAGUGAGUGCAGAUCAGACUGGUGCCGUUCGAGGUCACAGUGUGCGGUACCUCGCGGAGAAGGCUCGUCGACAAGAAAUGAUCAACAAGAAGCGCAAAGAGCGCGAAGCUGAGAAGGAGGCCGAGGAGCAGAACGCGAAGAAAGCUCGACUCGAGGCCGAGCAGAAGACUUUUGCAGAGAUCGAGGAGCUCAAGAAAAAGGCACUCGACGUACUCGACAAGCAACUCGCCACAGCUGUCGCGAGCGAGCUCACUGACCAGGAUCUCGAGGCCUUGACCGAAGCGCAGAAGGCGACGCUUGAGCGGAACCAGCUGGUGCUGGAGCAUGAGAAGCAGAGGAAGAAUAUGAGGAGCAUUACUCUGGGCAGCACGUUCUUUGCGGAUGACUGGGACUCUAGGCUAGUCCAGUGA